AUGGGUCGCCUGGCACCCAUUUCGUUUCGGAGCAUGCAAGCUAGAGCCCUGUGCACGCUACGCUACUCCAUUUCGAGGCUUUCAAUAUCUGCUGAGGAUCUGACUCUGUUUACCAAGACUCUCAUCCUCGCCAAGCCAUGGAUUGGAAAUUCCACAGCGCUUGCAGUACCCUGGAGGGAAGUCGCUCGCCCGAGUCGGCUACGCAUUGGACUGUUCCAGGAAGAUCCUGUCUAUCCUGUUCAUCCGCCCGUGAGACGGGCCCUGCGUCUCGCCGCUCAAAGACUCGAAGCUACAGGCCACCAGAUCAUCACGCCUGACCAGUGUCCCAGUCUUCGCAAAGCGGUCACCAUCCUAUCUCGCGGCUUCUCCCUGGACACAUCGCACGCGGCCAUGCGACAUCUUGCAGAAGCGGGCGAAGAGCCCAUCCUGCCGCUGGUAAAGAUGGCCCAGUCGUCUCAAAUCGAGCAACGUGAGGCCGGCCUUGAAGACGUUUGGCGGUUCCGGGCAGAGAGAUACGAGUAUCGUGAGGAGUGGGGCACGGUCUGGCGGGAGAAUUCGCUGGACAUUUUGCUGUGUCCUGGCUAUCAGGGAGUCGGGGCGCGUCACGAUCACGUGGGAGUUCCAUUCUACAGUGCGGUCUGGAAUCUACUGGACUUUCCUGCUAGCGUUGUGCCCUUUCAGAAAGCCGACCGAUCGGUCGAUACGCAGGAAGUUCCGGGAUACGAUCCAAUUCUAGUCGAUGGAGUCCCAGCCCACAUUCAGAUAGUGGGAUGGCGAUUCCAGGACGAAGAGGCACUCUCAGCGACAGAGGUGAUCUCCGAAGCAUUACGUGAUACGGUCGAUCCCCGUUUGUAG